CAACAUAACUGAUUUCACAAACAUUUGGAAGAAAAUAAAAACUUUCUUUCUCACUGUCUCUCCUCUAUCUAAUUAAAGCCAUGACAGACUCAUCAUCAUCAUCAUCAACAUCUCGUGAAAAUCUUGUUCACAAGGUGAACUUCUCAAACCCAAGAAGUUUUUCAACAACUGUUAAAUCAGAUCUUAAAGAAACAUUCUUCCCUGAUGAUCCAUUUCGACAAUUCAAGAACGAAACUUCAGCGUACCGUAAGGCGAAAAAAACAGUACAAUAUUUCUUACCUGUGUUCGAAUGGUUACCGCAAUAUAGUUUCAAAUUGUUUCGGUAUGAUUUGCUAGCAGGAAUCACCAUUGCUUGUCUCGCUGUUCCUCAAGGAAUCAGUUAUGCCAAGCUUGCUAAUCUACCUCCAAUCCUCGGCCUCUAUUCAAGUUUUAUCCCGCCAUUAGUUUACGCAGUAUUUGGAAGUUCGAAAGAUAUUGCUGUAGGAACAAUAGCAUCAGCAUCAGUACUUCUUGGUUCAAUCAUAGAGCAAGCAGUUUCACCCAAAGAUAAUCCAACUUUAUAUCUUCAUUUGGUUUUCACCGCCACAUUCUUCACUGGAGUUUUCCAAUUCGCAUUGGGAUUUUUUAGGUUAGGAAUACUGGUGGAUUUCUUAUCGCAUUCAACAAUCGUUGGGUUUAUGAGUGGAGCAGCAACCAUAAUAUGUUUUCAACAACUGAAGGGGAUGUUUGGACUAACACAUUUUACCAGUAAAACUGAUGUUAUCUCUGUAUUGCACUCAGUUUUUAGCCAAACACAUCAUUGGAGGUGGCAAAGUGCUCUUGCUGGAGUUUGUUUCCUUGUUUUCCUCCUCGCCACAAAGCAUGUGAAAAAGAAGAAGCCAAGUUUAUACUGGGUAUCAGCUCUAGCGCCCAUGGUGACUGUGGUUAUUGGAUGCUUAGUUGCAUAUUUUGCUCAUGCAGAUAGGCAUGGAAUUCAAAUUGUUGGUCAUUUGAAAAAAGGAAUAAACCCUUCUUCAAUUCAAUUCUUGAACUUUGAUCCUGAAUAUCUACCCUACACCAUAAAAGCCGGUAUCAUGACAGGAUUUCUUGCUUUAGCUGAAGGUAUUGCAAUAGCAAGAAGUUUCGCCACAAUGAAACAUAAUCAAAUAGAUGGGAAUAAAGAGAUGGUAGCUUUUGGGAUGAUGAAUCUUGUCGGCUCAUUCACCUCUUGCUAUUUGACCACUGGGCCAUUUUCGAAAACUGCUGUGAAUUAUAGUGCGGGAUGUAAGACAGCAAUGUCUAACGUUGUCAUGGCAGUUUGCAUGAUGUUAACAUUAUUAUUUAUCGCUCCUGCCUUCGGUUACACUCCUCUUGUCACUCUUUCUGCAAUCAUCAUGGCUGCUAUGCUUGGACUAAUCGAAUAUGAAGAGGCAUAUCACAUUUACAAAGUCGAUAAAUAUGAUUUUUGCAUUUGCAUGUCCGCAUACUUAGGAGUUAUCUUUCUUAGUAUGGACGUCGGCCUUAUGAUAUCGAUAGGAUUAUCCAUCAUCAGAGCACUUUUAUGCGUUGCUAGGCCUCCAAUAUCCAAUCUUGGGAAUGUGUCAAACUCAGCAAUGUACCGUGAUAUUGAGCAGUAUCCUUCUGUGGAAAAGGUUCCUGGAGUAUUAAUUCUACAGUUGGGAUCCCCCAUUUACUUCGCUAAUUGUACAUACGUACGAGAAAGGAUUUCGAGGUGGAUGGACCAUGAACAAAGCAUAAGUGACUCCAAGUCUGCUGACAUCGAACAUAUUAUUCUAGACAUGGGAGGAGUUAGUGCUAUCGAUAUAACUGGCAUCGGAAUGUUGACUGAAGUUCUGAAGAGUAUAGAAAGAAAAGGAAUCAACGUGUUAGUAGCCAAUCCGAAGAUGGAAGUGAUGGAGAAGCUAAUGUUAUCGAAGCUUGUCGACACAAUAGGUAAGGAUUCAAUAUUCUUGUCAAUCAAUGAUGCAGUCGAAGCCUGUCGUUUCACGCUUAGAAGUUCGAAAAAAGGAGUAGAUAGUAAAGUAGAGACUAGUGAAGUUAUUGUAUAGGACAAAAAUAUGAUGCUAAAACUGUCUUUGUUUUUCUGUAUCGCUAUAUGAUUAUCACGUCAGGCUGAACUUGCCUACCCGCCGAUGUUCUGCCUACUUCAGCUUAAAGCUGUGUGUAAUUAUUUCAUCGUUAGAGAUGAUUGAGGUUAGUAAUUAUGGAUUUCAAAUUCAGUUGUAGUCGUGUGUAAAUCAACUUAUUCCUAGUUAAGUGUGCAAUAGAACUGCACAGCCGUGAGUAGGCUUGACUUGUGACUUUUUGUGUACAUUUAAGAACAUACAGAGGAGUGGUUAAGAGGUCAAAUAUAAUUCAACUCGGUCA